CUCGGCUGGGACACACAGAAUAGAACACGCGUGCCACGGCUUCAGAAACAUGUGUCGGCUUUGGAUCCUCAUCCUAACCCUUUCAUUGGCCUACAGCAGCGCCAAAGACAUUGUCGAUCUGACGUGUGAAAGUGAUGACGACUGCUCACCGUUCCGCAGCGCGACCAUUAACUCCACGUGCGAGGAGGAGCAGUGCCGGUGCACUGACCUACAGCACGACCAAGCCAAUGCCACCGAAUGCAAGCCAGUGGUCAACCGUGUGUCGAACCAAAUCGGUGGUCAAUGUCCGUGUCAGGUCGCGAAUUCGUUCUGCAACGAGCAAACCGGGCGCUGCAUCUGCAAGGAAGGCUUUCAACCGAGCCACGUGGAGAAGAAGUGUGUGCAGAAAUCGGUAGCACUCGGGGAGGAGUGUGAGGAUACGAGCCAGUGCUCCAACCAUGACCCCUUCGCCCAUUGCGACGACAAACAGGUUUGUGCGUGCCAGGGACAGUUCGUCAUUUACGAGAACGCAUGUCACUCGAUAAUAGCGGUAGCUAACCUCACGAAACCCUGCGAAAAGGAUGAGGAGUGCGGUAACGAAACGGCAAACUCGGUGUGCCAGGAUGGGCAGUGUGUCUGCGGGAAGGGUUUCGUAGCCGAUUCGGUCAACAGUAGCAGCUGCCUGGCGGUGGCAGCACACGAUCAACCUUGCACCGACUCGAACCAGUGCAUCGCGAUGCUCGGCGUGGGUUCGCUGUGCCAUCAGCAGCGCUGUGCCUGCGACAGUAACCACUUCCAGUUUCCACGCCACAUCGUCGAUGAAAAGAGCGGCCAACAGACGAUACGCAAUGUGUGCGAGAGGAAAAUCGUUCAUGGCGAUAGCUGCAAUGACGACCAGAACUGCUAUCAGUUUCACGUCGGACCGCAUCAACAGUCGAUGGAGUGUUUCAUGAAUGUGUGCGUCUGCCUCAGCGGCUACAAGGAGAAGAACAACGUUUGCUUCAAAACCAGUUCCGGCAUGGUCUUUCCGCCAGCUACCGUUUUAAUUGCUACCCUGGCCACUCUAAUCAUCGCCGCUACGAGCCUGCAGUGGUGCGUCUAGCCUGAGAUUAUCAGUAUCAACCGAAUGUAUUUAGCGGAUUGUAUAACAAUCUUACGUCAAUAAAACUGAUCGUUUCUGUUUUGCAUAGAGAGAA